AUGACCAAGGGUACCUCUAGUUACGGUAAGCGCCACAACAAGACCCACACGAUCUGCAGACGUUGUGGCAAGUCGUCGUACCACAUCCAGAAGAGCACGUGUGGUUCGUGCGGCUACCCGGCCGCCAAGAUGCGCAAGUACAACUGGUCGGCCAAGGCGCUUCGCCGCCGCACCACGGGCACGGGCCGCAUGCGCUACUUGAAGACCGUCCCGCGCAAGUUCAAGAACGGCUUCCGUGAGGGCACGAAGGCUGUCUCGAAGAAGGCCGCCACCAACUAA